UGAACGAGUGUCGAUCUCUUAAUUAGGAAGAUCGCGCCAUCGUCGGUGAUCACAAGCAAUAUGAAGGGGGUGUUUCCUCCGACGAUGAGAUUGAGAUUAAAAUUGAGGUCCAGAUCGUAGUCACGACCACAGUGCACCCGGGCGCGUGCACCAGGACAACGCGUAUACGCAUCAGUUUCGGGAUAAGUGGAUAUAUCGCACGGCAGUUGCUCGGCGCGAGGUUUCAGCGCGUAUAAAAGUCAAUAUCGAUGAGCGUCAACUUCACCAUUCGACAAUGCUCAAACUCGGUGCUAUUCUCCUCGCUCUUGGAUCCUCAGCCCUCGCUGGCUACGUCCAGAACGCCUCUGGAACCGCGUCUUUCACCCACUACUCGGGCUGCUCGUCGCCUGCUUGUGGGAAGACCGCGACAGGUUACACUGCUGCGAUGAACCAGCUCGCGUUCGGUGCCUCGUCGGGUUUGGGCGCUGGAGACGCGUGCGGCAGGUGUUUCGCGAUUACUGGCUCGGCAGACCCGUACAGCACCUCGUAUACUGGACCUUUCUACUCGAUCGUCGUCAAGGUAACCGAUCUUUGCCCAGUCUCUGGAAAUGAGGUGUGGUGCGGACAGACACAAUCGAGCUUGACCAAUGACUAUGGCAUGCCAUUCCACUUCGACAUCUGCGAAGACACUGGAGGAUCGGCCGAGUUCUUCCCCUCGGGCCACGGCGCAUUGACUGGAACAUUCGAAGAGGUUGACUGCUCGGAAUGGACAGGUUCUGACGGUAGUGAAUUAUGGAAUGGAGCUUGCUUGGACGGAGAGGAUGCGGACUUCUGGCCCUCUAUUACAGGUUGCGGUAACCAGGGUACUGCUCCGUGAAGGAGAGUGGUACGGCUGCUGCACGAGAGCCACAACAUAUUUAACUUCAUGUCCUGGUGAUAUGCUUUAACAAUGCUUCUUGGUUAUCUUUCUCAAAAUUUCGAAUCUGCUCCUUGAAGCAAGGUCGUUCUGGGACCCUCCCAGGGUACCGUUAACUUACCUUUGAUCACAAGCCAGUCUCUUUGAAUGUGUAAGAUCACAUGCUGGGAAAUCAGGCAAACAGACGGAUUGAUGAGUGAUCGAUAUCAGUAG